CACGGUUUGCUGCUUGCUCUUUGUGCGAGGUCAGCCGUGGUUGCUACCGCGAGGAAGGAAAAGAGUUCCAUACUGGUCGAUGGAAACCUUCAAGAACUGUACUUGUGCUGGAUCAGGUGGCAGCCAGGGAGACUGUAACUCUAAGGAAGAGCAUUUCCUCUACUUUGCCUAUGGCAGUAACUUGUUGCGGGAGAGGAUAACAUUGAAAAACCCAUCUGCAGCUUUUCAUGCCGUAGCAAAGUUACAGGAUCACAAGCUUGCUUUUGGCUCUCCUCAAGGUAAACAGAGUUUGACUUGGCAUGGAAGUACAGCUACUAUUCUGCACAGCCCUGGUGAUGAAGUCUGGGGCAUAGUGUGGCUGAUGAACAGUCGUGAUUUAAGUUCUCUGGACAAACAAGAGGGAGUUGAAGGUAGUCUUUAUGCCCCGAUAGAAAUUAACAUCAGCACUCAAGAAGGGAAAACAUUAAGAUGUCGAAGUUAUCAGAUGAAUGCCUAUGUUGCUAAUCUUCCUUCUCCGCACUACAAGAAAGUCAUCUGUAUGGGGGCAAAGCAGAAUGGUUUGCCCACUGGCUAUCAGAAGAAAUUAGAAACUAUAGAGACAAACAACUAUACGGGAAAUGUGCCAGUGUUUGAAGAAAUUGAAGCGGCUAUCAGUGCUUUUGAGAAGACAACAUAAUAAAGUAACUGUUU